CUUGUCUUCCUCAUAAAGGGCAGCAAAAGAGGGCUGGUCUUAUUUAUUCCGCUGACCCAUAAAUUAUUGAGUAUUAUUGAUCAAUCAGAAGCAUUCACACACACAGAGAGAGAGGAAUGGAAGCAGAAAGGAAGAUUGGUGUUGCCGUUGAUUUCUCUGGAUGCAGCAAGAAAGCUCUCCAAUGGGCGGUGAAUAACGUUAUCCGCAAAGGGGAUCACCUUAUCCUAAUUACCAUCCGCCCUGAAGCUUAUUACGAGAGCGGCGAGAUGCAGCUCUGGGAAACCACCGGUUCCCCUUUAAUCCCUUUGAGUGAGUUCUCUGACCCUGCGAUCAUGAAGAAAUAUGGGGUGAGCCCUGAUCCUGAAACAUUGGAUAUUGUCAAUUGUGCUGCUAGGCAGAAAGAGAUUGUGGCGGUGAUGAAGAUUUACUGGGGAGAUGCUCGGGAGAAGAUCUGCGAAGCAGUUGAUAAAAUUCCUCUGAACUGCCUUGUCAUAGGGAACAGAGGUCUUGGCACAAUCAAGAGGGCUAUCUUGGGCAGUGUUAGCAACUAUGUGGUGAAUAAUGCUUCCUGUCCCGUUACCGUUGUGAAGAGUCCGCACCAUGAAUAGUAUUUGCGGCUGAGCCUGGAUGGAUUUCUUUCGUUAGUUGGACGACUCCUCCUCCUAAUUCACAUGGUAUCAAUGGAUUUGUAUCAAUAAUCAAUCCUUCUAUUUGUAAUUUAACUUUGAUGUUGGAUGAGUAGUUAACUAUAAACCGAUGGAGUUUGUGUA